AUGACUACUUCCCACAAAUCAACGGCAACACUACGACAGCCCAAUGUCAUCCUCCGCCUCGUUAUCAAAUUCCUAGCUGCGAUAGCCACGAUAUGUCUCGGUCCAACACUCCCACUGAACGACAUCUGGUACUCGGAUGGCCUAGGCACGACAUUCGACACCAUGUCAUUCGGAGCGGUAAAGCCACCUCCAGAUAUCCUGAAACGUCGAUACGGUGUAGCUAAUACAUGGGCAGACAGCAACCUCAAUCGUCUGGUGCACCAUCGCGCUCGCCUUGACCCGGGCCUUGCCCUCGCAACAAAAGACCCCUACUCCGUCCUGGGUGUAGCCAAAGGCGCUUCAGCCGGCGACAUCAAGAAAGCCUACUACGGCCUCGCCAAGAAGUUCCACCCGGACACCAACAAAGACCCCAAAGCCAAGGAGAGAUUCGGUGAUGCCCAGAGCGCGUAUGAACUACUAUCAGACGACAAGAAGAAAGCCGCAUGGGAUCAAUACGGCGCCGCAGCAUUUGAUCAAGGUGGAGGCUUUGGUGGGCCCGGUGCUGGUGGGCCAGGAGCAGGAGGACCAAAUCCUUUCACCGGAGGCUUUGGUGGGUUCGGUGGUGGCUUUGGUGGGCAAGCUGGCGGUGCUGGCGGGUUCGGAGAAGGUGGCUUCAAUUUCGACGAUCUAUUCUCUGCUUUCGGCGGUGGAGGCGCGAGACGAGGUCGUGCAGGAGGCCGCGGAGGGCCGUUUGCGCAGGAGGAGGUGAUGGUGGGUGAGAAUAUCGAGGUGCAGACGAAUAUUUCAUUCAUGGAUGCUGCUAAAGGGGUGGCGAAGGAUAUUGGGAUCACUCCUCUAGUGCAAUGCAAGAGCUGUAAAGGCGAUGGGUUGAAGAAAGGUGUGCAGAGGAAUACGUGUAAGACGUGCGAUGGGACGGGAACAAGAGUGCAUUUCGUGCAGGGUGGGUUCCAGAUGGCCAGUACUUGUUCUUCCUGUGGAGGUCAGGGGGUCACAAUCCCCAAAGGCGGCGAGUGCGGCACCUGCCGUGGGAACGGCGCGGUGAGGGAGAGGAGGACAGUGAGCGUGGACAUACCCGGGGGCGUGGAAGAUGGCAUGCGCCUGCGAGUAAUGGGCGAAGGCGACUACCCACCCACUGGUCAAGCGGCAAAUCCCAAAUCCCGAACAGAGAAGGGCGACCUCUAUGUCUUCAUUCGAGUGCAACCGGACUCGAAAUUCUCCCGCAGCGGCAGCGAUGUCCUCUACACCGCCAGCAUACCUCUCACGACUGCAGUCCUAGGAGGUGAAAUCAAGGUGCCGACUCUUGAUGGUGAGGUAAAAGUCAACGUUGCAACAGGAACAGGGACCGGUGACAAGAUCACACUCUCAGGCAUGGGAAUGAAGAAACUGCAGUCCCGACGAGGAAACAACGGUGACCUACGAGUGGAGUUCAAAGUCCAGAUGCCGAAAUACCUCUCCGUCAACCAACGAACCAUCAUCGAGAUGUUGGCGGACGAGAUGGGAGAUAAAAAUGCCAAGCGAGUUAUGAAUCUGCACCAAUGGAAGGAUGAGCCGGUGCAAGAAGAUCUGAAGCCCGGUCAGAGUGCUACUGAUCAUAAGCAUGAGGGGUUUCUGAAGAACAUGUGGCAUCAGGUCACCGGGCAGCAUGAUCAGUUGGGCAAGGAGGAUGAUAGGAAGAAGGGUGAGGCGGCCCAGCAAGAAGACGUGAGUCCGAAGAAGGCUUCGGGGUCGGGUUCAGGGUGA